GUCUCCCUUUUCCCACAAUGCACUGCGGGCAUCACCACCAAGAUGGCCGAUGUCAUGGAGGAGUAUGAGAAAGAAGCUGGCUGCGUCCCUAUUCUCCAUCCAGAGGAAAUCAAGCCUCAGAGCCACUUCAAUCACGGCUACAGCGAGACCGUCAGCCGCAAGAACCACGUGGACGACUACAGCACGUGGGACAUCGUGAAAGCCACGCAGUACGGCAUCUUCGAGCGAUGCAGGGAGCUGGUGGAAGCCGGGUUCGACGUCCGGCAGCCGGACAAAGAAAACGUGACCCUCCUCCACUGGGCCGCCAUUAACAACAGGGUCGACUUGGUCAAGUACUACAUAUCGAAGGGUGCCAUCGUGGACCAGCUGGGAGGAGACCUCAACUCCACACCGCUACACUGGGCCACCAGACAAGGCCACCUAUCCAUGGUGGUGCAGCUGAUGAAAUACGGCGCCGACCCGUCCUUGAUCGACGGCGAGGGUUGCAGCUGCGUCCACUUGGCCGCCCAGUUCGGCCACACCUCCAUUGUCGCCUACCUUAUCGCCAAGGGACAGGACGUGGACAUGAUGGACCAGAAUGGCAUGACUCCCCUCAUGUGGGCGGCGUACAGGACGCACAGCGUGGACCCCACCCGGCUGCUGCUCACCUUCAACGUGUCGGUGAACCUGGGCGACAAAUACCACAAGAACACGGCGCUGCACUGGGCUGUGCUGGCCGGCAACACCACCGUCAUCAGCCUGCUGCUGGACGCCAACGCCAACGUCGACGCGCAGAACAUCAAGGGUGAAACGCCGCUGGAUCUCGCCAAGCAGCGGAAGAACGUGUGGAUGAUCAACCACUUGCAGGAAGCGCGGCAAGCCAAAGGCUACGACAGCCCGUCCUACUUGAAGAGACUCAAAACGGACAAGGAGGUCAGACAGAAGGUGAUGCUGGGGACGCCCUUCCUGGUCAUCUGGCUGGUGGGCUUCAUCGCCGACCUGGAUAUCGACUCUUGGCUCAUCAAGGGUCUCAUGUACGUGGGCGUCUGGGUGGCCGUGCAGUUUCUUUCCAAGGCUUUUUUUGACCACUCCAUGCAUAGCGCUCUCCCUCUGGGAAUCUACCUGGCAACAAAGUUUUGGAUGUAUACAACCUGGUUCUACUGGUUCUGGAAUGAUCUCCCUUUCGCCACGGUCCACGUGCCGUUCCUCAUCAACACGCUGGCUCUCUUCUACAAUUUUGGCAAAUCGUGGAAAUCAGACCCGGGGAUCAUCAAAGCCUCCGAGGAACUGAAAUGAAAGACUAUUGUGGAGCUGGCAGAGACGGGAAGCUUGGAUCUCAGCAUCUUUUGCAGCACUUGCUUGAUACGGAAGCCGAUCAGAUCCAAACACUGCGCCGUGUGCAACCGCUGCAUCGCCAAGUUCGACCACCACUGCCCCUGGGUGGGCAACUGCGUGGGAAGCGGGAACCACCGCUACUUCAUGGGUUACCUCUUCUUCCUGCUGUGCAUGAUCUGCUGGAUGAUGUACGGCUGCAUCUCCUACUGGAGGAUCCACUGCGCCACCACUUACGCCAAGGACGGCUUCUGGCUCUACCUGACCCAGAUCGCCGCCUGCUCGCCGUGGAUGUUCUGGAUGUUCCUCAACAGCGUCUUCCACUUCAUGUGGGUGGCUGUGCUCAUCAUGUGUCAGCUCUACCAGAUCGCCGCUCUAGGAAUCACCACCAACGAGCGGAUGAACGCUCGGCGGUACAAGCACUUUAAAGUCACGGCCACGUCCAUCGAAAGCCCUUUCAACCACGGCUGCAUCCGAAACCUCAUCGACUUCUUCGAGAUCCGCUGCUGCGGCCUGAUGCGGCCCGUGGCGGUGGACUGGACGGCGCAGUACACAAUAGACUACGACCAGACCAGAAAUGUGAUCAUGUGA